AUGCCUCAGCCGCAGCACAGCAGAAGUCCCAAUCCUUCGGAUGAUUCGUCCGUCGACUUACACGACUCGCCGUCGUCGGAACAAGCCUCGUCAACUGCCGUGGUCCGCAAGCCCAGCAAGCCGCUUAGUCGGCGGGGCCACUUCAAGUCGCGGCUGGGAUGCUUCAACUGCAAAAGGAGGCGAGUCAAGUGCAACGAGGUCCGCCCGUUCUGCUCGCCGUGCUGCCGCCUCGGUCUAAACUGCAGCUAUCCGACGCCGGCUCCCUCAUCAACGCCGUCAUCAUCAUUCUUCUCUUCAUCCUCGUCGUCUUCCUCCUCCUCGCUUCCUCCGCGUGCUGCCCUCUCCAGUAUCGCGCUGGAAGACUUGCGCUUCUAUCACCAAUUCCUCCUCGCGGCCUUCCCCACGCUGCCGCUAAAGGCCAAGGAUGUGUGGAUGGACGCGGCCGCAAUGUCACACCAGUAUGACUAUCUCGCACAUGCUGUCUUGGGCCUCGGAGCCUCCCAUCUGUCUCAGCACGGCAAUGUCGACUACACGUCGCAGGCGCUGCAGCAUCGCAUCACUGCCAUGAAGCUCGUCAACCAACAGCUCGAUCAUCCUCCGACAAAGCCCGCGGAUGCAGAUGCGCUGAUGGCGGCGGUGAUAUGCCUCGUGGCCCAGUCCUCUCUUAUGCCGGACAGCAUGAUCGACUACAUCACGACAACGCGAGGCGGCAACUUGGUCGCUUCGACCAUCAUUACCAAUUACGAGAUGUCCAUCUUCAAGUAUUUCACGCCGCUGGAGCACGACCGGUCCUUGGAGAGGCUCAUCUGCGAACAGCCGCGGAACUAUGAAGUCAUCCAAGGGUUCGCGGCCUCUGCUCUUCAACUGAGGCCCUUGUGCCAGACGCUCAACGAGGUGGCAUAUUGUGAUUGCAUGGUUAGAUGUGUUAACAAUCUGCGCACAUCGUGUCUAGCCGCCUGGAGAGAGUUUGUCACAUUGUUCGUUAUGCCAACCACCUUUAACAACCAAGACUUCAUGGCCUUUGUGGGUAGCGAAAACUACACGGGCCAUCUUCUCAUCAUCCACAUGUUUCUCCUCGAUUACGUGCUUGGCAAUGCCUGUCUCGCCAAGUCUGAAGAGCCAGAAUACCCUGGCAGAAAAUUCGUCAUCAUCAAGUGGACAAAGGAUCUGGCCGAGAGGCUUCCCCCGUCAUACAAAAAAUAUACACAGUGGCCAUUGGAGUACUGCAAAAUUCUUGCCGAGCGCGACGCACGAUAUCUACUAAGUCCUUGA